AUGCACAACAUCGAUCUAGCUGUGAUCCCAGACUUGGCGAUUUCGCUGCUGCUUGAUUGGACUGACAACAAGGACUACGUGGCAGGUCAGUACAGGCCUACACGGCUGCGUGCUUUGUAUGGCAGCUACGACAAUUUUAUUGGACGAGAAAUGGAUCGAGCAGAUGCCAAGCUUUUCAGUGCAGAGGUCCUGAAGCCUAACUCCAGCACCUUUGUGAGUGUUUCCCAGCACUAUCUUUCAGCGGCUGCUGCUCGCGGACUCUUGGUGUGGAUGGCAAAAGCGGCUCAGGAUUUCGCUGCUGCAUCUCCGACGAGGGAGAAUCACUGGCGAGCUGGCGUGUGCUUGGGACUGCUCAAGCUUCAGCAGAUUGCUAUGGAACAUGGGCGUGUUCUACCUGAAGAGCAGCGUGAGCUGUCUGUGGAGUACUAUAUGUGGCACCUGCGCCCGAAGAUUCACCAUGUGGAACACAUGGUGAUGGAUCAUGUUGCAUUUGGCAG